AUAUAAAAUAAAAAUAAAAAUAAAAAAAGAAGGAAAAAAAUAAAAUAAAAUCAAAGAGACUUGAUUGAGAACAGUAACUGUAAUGGGCGGUGGAGGGCUUUGGGCUGGAGCUUUUAAGUAGAGGUUUGGAGAUGUAGGGAUGACAUGAAGCAGUAGAAGUGCAAGAAGGAAAGAAAAACCUUAGAAAGAUCUUCUUUUUCCUUCCUUCUGACCCAAGAAACGAGGUGACAAACCAACAGGAGAUCAUGGCUGUUUCACUAACUGCCUGGCCAUGGGAGAGCUUGGGUAGCUUCAAGUACAUGUUAUAUGGGCCUUUUCUUGGAAAAGCUAUCUAUUCAUGGUUGUAUGAAGAUGGACAAAAAGAGAGCUUUUGUCUACACAUUCUUUUUAUUUGUUGUCUUAGAGGAUUCAUCCACCAGCUAUGGCUUUCAUUUACCAACAUGUUAUUCCUUACCCGAAACCGCAUUAUCAUCAAACAAGGCGUCGAUUUCAAGCAAAUAGACAGGGAAUGGGAUUGGGAUAAUUUCAUAAUUCUACAUGCUUUCAUGGCUGCAUGGGCAUGUUACAGCUUCCCAUUGAAUGGAAAUCUUCCCCUCUGGGAUUGGAGAGGGUGUAUGUAUGCAUUGAUAUUCCACAUGGGUGUCUCAGAGCCCUUAUAUUAUUGCAUACAUAAGUGUUUCCAUGGGGACUAUCUCUUUACACAUUACCACUCAAUCCACCAUUCAUCUGUGGUGGCCCAGUCCGUUACUGCUGGGAGUGCAACCCUUUUGGAGCACAUCAUCUUGGGUGUGAUCAUGGGGGUCCCUAUAGUGGGGCCCACCCUUAUGGGAUGUGGAUCCACAAGCCUGAUCUACGGCUACGUUUUCAUCUUUGAUUUCUUGAGAUGCAUGGGGCAUAGCAACGUUGAAGUUAUUCCACAUGGGCUUUUUGAGUCCUUUCCAUUCCUCAGAUACCUUCUCUACACGGCAACAUACCACAGCCUACAUCACACUGAAACGGACAGUAAUUACUGCCUCUUCAUGCCUCUCUAUGACAAGUUGGGGAACACACUCAAUGACAAGUCAUGGGACCUACAUAAGAAGAUAACUUCAGUGCGAAAUGGUCCACCUCCGGACUUUGUUUUCCUCGCACAUGUCGUCGACGUCAUGUCCUCCCUUCACGUGCCAUUCAUCCUGCGGUCCAUCAGCUCCAUGCCCUUCGCGCCCCACCUCAUAUUGCUGCCCUUAUGGCCGUCGGCCUUCCUGACCUUGCUAGUGAUGUGGUCUUCAUCUAAGACCUUCUUGCUGUCCUACUACACUUUAAGGGGCCAACUACAACAGACAUGGGUGGUUCCUAGAACAGGUUUUCAGUAUUUCCUACCAUUUGCAAGAGAUGGUAUCAAUUACCACAUAGAAGAUGCAAUUCUAAGGGCGGAUAGAUUGGGUGUGAAGGUCCUUAGCCUGGCAGCAUUAAAUAAGAACGAAUCGCUUAAUGGAGGUGGGACGCUGUUUGUGAGAAAACAUCCGGAUCUGAAAGUGAGAAUAGUUCAUGGAAAUACCUUGACGGCUGCAGUCAUUCUCCACCAGAUCAAUAAGAACACCACCAUGGAAGUGUUUUUAACAGGUGCUACUUCUAAGCUAGGAAGGGCCAUUGCCCUUUAUCUAUGUAGAAUGAAGAUCCAGGUCAUGAUGCUGACGCCAUCAAUCGAGCGGUUCGAAACGAUUCGAAAGGAAGCACCAUUCGAAUUCCAACAGUAUCUAGUUCAUGUGAGAAAGUACCAAGCUGCUCAAAAUUGCAAGACCUGGAUAGUUGGUAAAUGGCUCUCAGUAAGGCAACAGAGGUGGGCCCCAUCUGGGACCCACUUCCACCAAUUUGUCGUCCCACCUAUCAUCUCCUUCAGGAGAGACUGCACUUAUGGAGAGCUCGCCGCUAUGAAGUUGCCGGAAGACGUUCAAGGGUUAGGAUCAUGCGAGUAUACGAUGGGAAGGGGAGUCAUCCACGCAUGCCACGCUGGCGGCCUCGUUCAUCACUUAGAAGGUUGGACCCACCAUGAGGUGGGCCCCAUCGACAUUGACAGAAUCGAUUUGGUGUGGAAAUCAGCAUUAAAGCAUGGUUUAAAGCCAGUUUGAAACCCUUGAAGAAAAAUCAUCUCUCUCUCUCUCUCAUUUUUCAUGUAUGAUUAGUUUCUCCGUACCAGCGUCUAUAUAAAUAUAAUGCAAUAAAAAUCAAAGGUCUUU